AUGUGUCCCAAAACUCCCCACGGGGACUAUCCCCAAGAGGAAACAGCCUGCCAUAUAAUCCCCUCAAUUGCCGGCAAGCGCGUCCUGUUAACAGGUUGCGCCUCAGGAAUCGGCAAAGCCACAGCCGAAGUCUUCGCCGCGCACGGCGUGCACAUGGUGAUAUGCGACAUCCAAGACGACAUCGGCCAAAGCCUCACAUCGCAGAUUUCUGCCAGUAACCCCAACUCCAAAAUACAAUACCAACAUCUCGAUGUGAGCGUUAGAUCUGAGUGCAACGCCGUCGUGGAAGCCGCUGUCCGAUUCCUCGGCGGACUAGACAGUUUAAUCCACGCAGCAGGCAGCAUCCACCAAGACGUUGCAGAGACCAUCACCGAGAGCGAGCUGGACCGAAUGCUGGAUGUCAAUAUCAAGGGAACGGUCUUCAUGAACCAGGCUGUGUUUCCCUAUCUCAAGACCCGGGGCGGCACGAUUCUAAAUUUCGGGUCUGAUAUUGCGUCCGAGCCACUGCCACUCCUGGCUCACUAUGCUGCUUCGAAGGGUGCUGUGCAGAGCUUUACGAGGGCUGUUGCGCGCGAGUGGGGGAAGUAUGGGAUUCGGGCUAAUGCGGUUCUACCGGCUGUUUGGACGCCGAUAAUUGAUAUGUAUCGUGAGAAUCUUGAGGAGGAGAGUCUUGAAGGUCAUGAUGUUUUCAUGAGUGAUCGGGUUUGUCUUGGGGAGAAGUUUGGGGAUGUGGAGAUUGACUUGGUUCCUGUUCUUGCGUUUUUGGUUUCGGAUGCUUCGCGCUGGAUUACGGGUCAGAUGGUACCUGUCAAUGGUGGGCUUUCGUUGGUACGCUAG